AACGUAUGUUAACUCGCUAAACGACGUCGUUUUAAAAACCGAUUAAACAUUAAUGAAAUGAUGUCGUUUUACAUCUGUAAACAUUUAAAUCAUCCCCGCUUUCACGAAACCUAAAUUUUCUAAUUUUUUAAUUCCUCAGUCUUCUCAAAACUGAUAGCCAUUGAUAAUGCAAAAGAUGGCUAGAAAGAUGGGGUAUUUCGGGUUCGUCGUAGUGAGAGAUCUUAAGUGGAAAAUGUUAGGGAAGCUACAAUUUAAUAAAGUCGGUGAAGAAGGUGAUAAUGAAAAUGAUAGUGAGACUAAUGAGAAUAAUAAUGAGACUGAGAAUAAUAAUGAGGCUGAGAAUAAUGGUAUUGGUGUCGAAGACAAAUUUUAAGUAGUAACUAGUAAAUUAACAAACGUUUAUGGUUUAAUAGUUGACUUUCCGAGUUUUUAAAAUGGUUGAGUCAACAAAAAAUGAGUGUUAAAAUGACCAACAUUUAAAAAUUGGAGUUUUUUUUGGGUUCAAACACGAGUUGAAGGACCUUUUGCUUUAAUUUGAAAGUUGAGGAUUUUAUUGGCUGUUUUCUCCUCUUUUUGAUAAAAAAUUGUGACAUGAAUAAUCAACCAUACAGUAUUAUUAUAAGUUGAUCUCAAACGAGAUUCUAUAAAAGUUGAAAGGAACCGAAAUAAUUCAGUAAGGAAAUGGCAACAACCUCAAUGUAAUAGUUUUCUAUGAAUUUCAUUCUUAAGCCGCUGCAAGCUUAUCAUUUGAAGAUUUUUGAAGUUAAACUAAAAGACUAUACUAAUCAAGUUUUUUUUUUAUUUGUAUAUUCGAAUACAAAAGGCCAAAUUGCUUGAAACUCUCCUCUAUUUAAACUCUUUAUCCUCAAUCCAAAUAGACACAAACCAAAUCCACAUCUUUUCUUGCCCUAAAACUCGUCCCCCAAACAAGACAAGUAUAUAUAACACUAAACACUCCCAAAAAGAUGUGUACUAACCAGAACACAAAUUGUGUCAGCAUCUCAAGUAUGCUUCCAAACUUCACCCCGAAGGAAGACGACAUGUUCUCCCGGCGUUGCAUCUGGGUUAACGGGCCGGUAAUCGUCGGGGCCGGUCCAUCGGGCCUAGCUGUUGCCGCCAGCCUAAAACGCCAAGAAGUUCCUUAUAUAAUCCUCGAGCGAGCUAACUGCAUAGCCUCUCUGUCGCAAAACAGAACAUAUGAUCGUCUCAAGCUUCAUCUUCCCAAACAAUUCUGUCAAUUACCCAAUCUACCCUUCCCCGAUGACUUCCCGGAAUAUCCAACGAAGUAUCAGUUUAUUCAGUACCUUGAGUCAUAUGCUACCCACUUUGAUAUCCAACCUAAGUUCAACGAGACUGUACAGUCAGCUAAAUACGACAAGAGGUUUGGGCUGUGGAGGGUCAAGACUGUUUCGAGGAAGGGGCUGCUUAGUUCUUGUGAGUUCGAGUAUAUUUGCAGGUGGCUGGUGGUGGCAACGGGAGAAAAUGCUGAGAAAGUGGUUCCAGAGUUUGAGGGUUUAGAGGAUUUUUGUGGUGAUGUUCUUCACGCUAGUGAUUAUAAAUCCGGCGAAAUGUACCGUGGAAAACGAGUUCUGGUUGUUGGAUGUGGAAACUCCGGCAUGGAGGUCUCUCUUGAUCUAUACAACCACGAUGCAAGUCCAUCAAUGGUCGUUCGUAGCUCUGUCCAUGUGUUGCCGAGAGAGAUUCUUGGAAAGUCUACAUUUGAAAUAGGUGUAACAAUGAUGAAAUGGAUGCCGGUUUGGCUCGUGGAUAAGACUCUGCUCCUUGUCACCAGGUUAAGUCUGGGGAAUACGGAUAAGUACGGCCUUAAGAGGCCGGAACUUGGACCGUUAGAGCUGAAGAACACCGUUGGUAAAACUCCAGUUCUAGAUGUCGGAGCCUUUUCUAAAAUCAAAUCAGGAAAGAUCAAAAUCGUUCCGGGAAUCGUCAAGUUUGAGCCCGGGAAGGUUGAGCUAGUGGAUGGCCGAGUUUUGGGGAUAGAUUCAGUCGUUCUUGCGACUGGUUACAGAAGCAAUGUCCCUUCAUGGCUUAAGGAGAACGACUUGGCGGAGAUUGGGAUAGAGAAAAACUCGUUUCCAAAAGGGUGGAAAGGGGAGGCUGGAUUGUAUGCGGUGGGGUUCACGAGAAGAGGACUCUCAGGUGCGUCGCUUGAUGCCAUAAGUGUGGCUCAUGAUAUUGCUAAUGCGUGGAAAGAAGAAACUAAGCAACAGAUUAAAUCUGUGGCUGCUCGUCACCGUCGUUGUAUCUCACAGUUUUGAAUUUUAACCAAUUAAGAGGUUAAAAAUGGGAGAAAAGAGACAGCUGAAAGUGUUUUCUGAUGUAAAAAAAAAGGAAAAAAAAGAAGAUAAUUGCUAAAGCCCACUCCCUGGAAGAAACCCACACCAAAAUAAAUAAUUGUAAAAACAUCGCAUUUUGGGGGGUUUCUUUUGUUGUAAGGAAGAUGUGGCUUCUCAUUUCUAUAUUGUUUUUUUUUUUGAACGACCUCAUUUCUAUAUUGUAUUUCUAUAUUGUAUACUCUUACAUUUCGACUUAUCUUCUGUUGGUAAUGUGUUUGAUUAGUUGUUAUCAUAUUUGCAGAUAUAAAAGUCCCUUUUAUUUGAAAACAUUUCUACCGUUGGAGUCUUUGAGAGUACUGUCCUAGAAAGUAUUAAAACUUGAUUAGAUAAUAUGAACAAGAUCCAUGCCAAAAUUCAGUUUGGCCAUUGACAAAGAGAUAUAAAUAAAGGCAGGUGUGAAUGAAACAAAACAAGAAUACAUUCCUCAAUACAUGAAAUGUGUAUGCAUCAUUUUUCUUAGUAUACAAUGAGAAGUAACAUAGAUAAAAAGAAGAGUUCUAAGACCAUGAUUAACGCCGUUCCUUAUAGGGUUCUUAAUGUAUUUUUUUUUUUAAAUUAGAGAAUAAUAGAGGAGACGUUUCUUAGUUAGGAGUUACAAGAAACGUCUCUUAUGAGUCUCUUCUUCCUCCAUUGAAGCUUGCUUCCGAUUCGAUUUGAAACCAUGGCCGCUGUAUCCUCGCAAUCUCUUCCCCAAUUUAGCUUCUUCCUCAUCAGUCGAUUCAGCUCCAGAGAGAUGUCACCGAGAUCCAAAAGGACAGGGAUCAUCGCAGUCAAGUGCGGGAUGACGACGCUCUGGGAUAAAUGGGGAGCUAGGGUUCCGGUUUCGAUCCUCUGGGUUGAUGACAACAUCGUCUCUCAGGUCAAAACCGUUGAGAAAGAAUCAACAUCUUCAACAUCUUCUGGUAAAUGACAAUUCUCAUAAAUAGACAAUUUUCAAGUUUUGGUCACAAAAGUAGACCACAAGGAAGAAAGUGACCAAAAUGUUUUAUUUAAUAGGUAAAAAAAUCCUUAUACCCUAAAAAAAAAAAUUAUAGUUUUAGAUUAUACGCUUUCAAAUUCGAAUUUUUUUAUAAAUUUUUUUUUUCGAUUUUUUUUUAAUUGUUGU